GAUUCGGCAACAGUGAAUCUUCUGCUAGAAAAUGGUGUGAAGGAAACAGCUGAUUCGAUUGGUCUGACAGCAUUUGACUGGGCUGCUGUUGAGGGUCACGAUUCCAUCCUGCAUUUUCUGCUGCAACUGAAUCCAGAAUACUCAAAGGCUACCGAUAUUUAUGGGCGUACAGCGCUCCAUCAUGCCUCAAAGCAGGGUUACACGAAAGUAGUCCGUGUGCUUCUGGACAGUGGCGCAGAUCCGUCUGCUCUCGAUGCAUUAAAUAUUACACCGUUGAUGGCCGCAGCAAGUUGCGAAAUUCCGGACCGAGCACUGAAUGUCAUCGGUAAAGUUUUUUUUUAUUUCCUUGUUUCUUGGCAUUUCACCAGGAAAUGCAUUUGUAAAGUAUUGUUUAAGAAGAAAAAAGAAAUUUAA